UGUAGAGUAUUUAAAAAUGGACUUGACGACGCGUCGUGGGGAAGAUGGGGUCGGAGAGACUGUUGUAUGCAACGGUACGGAGGUGUGCCGUGACAUAGUGAAUGGUUCGCAAGGAUGUGAGGUGACAGGGGUGACAGUUGAAACGGCGCCCCCGCAAAGAAAAAUCAACUCCUUCAGUAUACGGAAUUUGGUCGGUACCGAUUCGGACCGAAGUGCCGACGGCAAUGCUAAUUCUAACGAAGAUUACUAUCCUCAAGAGGCAUAUCAGAAGUACACCGCAAUGGGGGUGUCUGAGGUACCUAAAGACGACUCUCCACGGACCACGCCGGAGCUGUCCCGAGCUGACCAAUCUCCGGCAUCAGAGCGGCCACCUCCAGGGUCAGCGGACAGUGAUGAUGCCGACGACUUCACACCGAAGAGGAAGCAAAGACGAUAUAGAACAACAUUCACUAGCUUCCAACUUGAGGAACUUGAGAAAGCUUUUUCAAGGACGCAUUAUCCUGACGUAUUUACAAGAGAGGAGCUGGCAAUGAAGAUUGGAUUAACAGAAGCAAGAAUACAGGUUUGGUUUCAAAACCGUCGCGCAAAAUGGCGGAAACAGGAGAAAGUGGGUCCACAAGCGCACCCUUACAAUCCGUACCUUGGGGCAGCCGGAGCACCGCCACCCUCCGUCGUUGCCUCUAUGCCCAACCCCUUCUCGCAGCUCGGCUUCGGCUUUCGAAAACCCUUUGAUACGAAUGCACUGGCUUCAUUUAGAUACGGCGGCGCGCCGGUGCUAAGCCCGCAGUACCUCGGUGCGCCCUUACCGAGACCGCCUCUGUUCAGUGCCCCCAUCUACACCACUAGCCCACCCUUCCACUCCCUCCUCGCAGGGCUAGCGGCCCCUCCCCGGCAAUCCCCCGACCCACCUCCCGUCUCUCCCCCAAUCUCCCCCGGAAGUGAAUCCCCUCCCGCGCAGACUGGUCCAGAAGUAGAAAGAAGAAGUUCAAGCAUCGCCGCUUUAAGAAUGGCAGCAAGAGAACAUGAACUACGAUUAGAAAUGCUAAGACAAAGACACCACACGGACCUAAUUAGUUGAGCUUUCUUUACCAUUAUCAUUCCUUUACUAUUAAUUUAAAAUGGCGUCACAUUUGUCUUCGCUAUUGCUGUCUUUACUUUUUCAAAAAGAAUGAAAGGGACAGCAAUAUUCGUAUUAACUGGCAACACAUUACCAUAUGUUUCCAAACAACGAACUCAUAAUAUUUAACUACAAAAAAAAAUAUUUUUAUAAGCGUAUUGUGAAAAAGUAUUACGAGUUAUUAUAAAUAUUAAUUGAUAAGAAU